CACAGGACAGGAUGCAAUCAGCAGAUGCGAGGCUGAAAUCUUUUACGCAUAGGACGCGGACUUGGCCUUUUCUAAAUGAUGAUUGUAAUGCUAAUCCUACAAAACUUGCCGACGCUGGAUUUUACUGGAAGCCAUAUUCGACAUCGCCUGACAACGUUGUAUGUUUUCUCUGUGAAAAGUCACUGGAUGGGUGGGUAGAAACCGACAAUCCAUACGAAGAACAUCUGAAUCAUUCCAGAUGGUGUGGCUGGGCUAUUGUCAAAUCUGUCCCUCUGGUCGAAGAGGGAGAGCUACCAUUCCGCUGGGAUGAUGAAAAUGAGCUUCCAAAGGGCGAAAGGAUGACUAAAGCGAGACUAGAGACCUUUGGGAAAUGGUGGCCUUAUGAGAAAGUUAAAGGAUGGUACGGAACAACUCGACGGAUGGCGAAUGCUGGAUUUUUCUAUGCACCUACAGAUGAUUCAAAUGAUAAUGUACAAUGUCCGUAUUGUCACUUGGGACUGGAUGGAUGGGAAGCUAAGGAUGACCCGAUACAUGAGCAUCAAAGACGGAAUCCAACAUGUCCAUUUUUUGCGACUAGAGCCGCCGCACCAACAAAAGCCUCGUCCGCCAAAGCAACUAAAGCAAAGAAAAAGGAUAUCGCAUCUACGGACUAUCAUCACUCUAAUGAGCAGCAUAGUGGGCUUGUGCCAUCGCGUACACAACGCAAUCAAAGCGCAUCACAGGAGAACCAAGAAGUUCCAAAGAGUACACGCGUGAGUCGUAUGUUAAGAGCGUCUUCUUCAUCUGCUCCACCAAAACCUUUAUUGAACAACAAUGACUGUCGAUCCAGGGAAUCAUCUCAGUCUAAGCACAGUGUGUUGAAGCCAUCGACACAGAAAAUAAGCUCGGAAGAGAGGUUGCCGUCUCAGCCACGAUCAGUCGAGUUUGAUAUAUUCAAGGCCUCUUUAGGACCGAAAACGAGCUCUUCCAACAGAAAGCCACCUAUAGAAGAAAUGGAGGGCAAUGAGGAAGUAGAGAUCUUUAGGAGACAAAAGCAACGGAGCCAAACAGAGGAUUUUCAACAAUCAGUAUGGCCUAGGGUAUCACUCAUGGAUAUAACGUCAACAUCAUUGCCCGAAAUGGAGACGAUUGGCCCAUCAUUGUCACAAUCCUCAUCGUCCUCAUCAGCGUCGGCCCAGAAAAGGCGGCAACGGGAAUAUAGUAAUGAGGCCAGCUCACAGGAAUCAGUCUCAUCACGUAUCUCAGUUGUCAUUCCAAAGCGACGUAGAUUGGCAAAAACAGAGCAGUUUAAAAUAGAUUCAGAAGGGAAAUCAGAUGAAUCUCAGAAGAAGAACGAAUGGGCUCGACCGGAAGACGAGAUAGGACCAGAUGUUUCAAAUACUGAGGAUAUUGAGGACAAAACCGCUAAAACAUCAUCUCCUCCAUCUAAAACAGCACCGUGGGAACGGAAACUAAAGUGUCAAAGCCCGGAUAAAAAUCAAAAGUUGUCUAAGGUUCACGACCAAGGACUAGACGUUUCUGAUGCUGCAACCGCUGCACCAAAAAAACGUAAUAGGUCCAAGAAGGCAACCCAGGUUGCUUCAAGGUCAAAAAAACCCUCGGCCCAUCUCACCAAGCGCGUGUUGCGCUCGGCAGCAUUAUUGAAAUCACCAUCUAAGAAAUCAACAAAAACUCUCAUAGAAAUAUUCGAGCUACCUGACGAACCAAAUGAUGACAGGGAUAAACAACCACCAAUAGCAGGGUCAGGAAUAUCAUCAGAGCCAGUUACAGUCAGGACGCCACCAGCACCUUCACCGGCAACACCGCCAAUACUAACUAACGAUGAGGUACUAUCUACAACGACAGGGGUAGCAUCUUCAUUGCCACCAACGACAGGCUCCACCCUUCACAUGACAAUGGACAUUGAUGUAGAGCCAGAGGAUUUGCUUAUCGCAGAGCCCCCGGCGCUCACGACUGAUAGUGUAGUGAAAGACAGUCGGAUGGACCAAGUGACAACCAGAGCUCCUGAAACCGCAGAAGUAUCAGAGCCCACACCAGUUGCCAAGGAGACACCUAGUAAUGCGCAAGAUAUUUUGCCAGUUCCUUCAAACUCAUCCUUGCACAGCGAUAUUGACGGCAAGGAUAUGGCUAAUAUGGCAGAAACGCAAGAUGUAAGCAGCGUUGUAAGCGACCAUAUGAAAGACAAUCUGGGUCUAUCUUCAACUCCACCUUCAACCCCAAAACGAGGACAGGCUGUCUCCAUGCAGGAUAUUGUGAAUGCUCGGGUUGUAAUUGUCGAUCAUGCCACACCUAAUAAAAGAGUAGCUUCUUCAAUAGACCUUGAAGGUUGGGAAGACGAAGAUCGUCGGGGAAGCGCGGAGACGUACGCAACUAGCCCAUUUGUCACUCCCACUAAAUGGCAUAUGGAUGGUAUGCUUUCAACAUCGACCCCAAAUGCUAGAGAAUCCCUUGUUCAACCAGCACUGACCUUCACGCCAAAGCAGAGAAUCAAAGAUAUGGUGGGUGGCAUGAGCGGUGACAUUCUGCAGUCACCUCGCGCGAAGCUUUCCACUGGUAGAAAGACACAUCGUUCUAGUCCAUUCUCGCCAGCAGUGAAGCAACAGAGGCUGAUCGACCGUCUGGAGAAUCUGAUGAAUGAAAACGAUAGUUCAGGAGUCUUGGCUGUGGCUGAGAACGCAUUAAACGAAGAAAUGAAGCAGUUAAGACGGUCGCAGAACAAAGGGCGAAAGCUAGCAGUGUCAGCAACAGUGUCAGAAGAGGCGACUGAGCCUGCUAUGGAAGCACGUCAAGAUACGAGUUUUUCAACACAACAAUUUGAGGUCGCCAAUAGUAACGAUAAUAGUCCCAUCCAAACUCCUGUACGGAACACUACAGCAAAUCUCUUGAAAGAAUCUACCGUGCCAGUCACACCGACUCAUAAAACACCUCUGCCCAUCUCGAAUGUAAUUUCUGCUAUUGGCGCAGCGUCCCGUCGUAACAAUCAAGGGGCAGUCUCACCCUUUGUGAGGACUCCUGCCAAGAAAACUAUAGAUCUGCUCGCUCUUGCUGACCUUGAAGUACGGGGAAGCAGUACUGGCAAAGGCACUGGCAGGGAAAGAUCUAUGGCGAAAACAGAGCUGCAAGAGCCGGCAUCUGAGAAUCCAUUUAUUGUUACUUCACAAUCAUCUCCCCUCGAUUCUCUGCAGAAAAUGGAUAAGAGCAAAAAGGCUUUAGCUUUUAGCCAGCGACUUGACAGUGUAGAAAAAGGAGAUGAGGGGGAAGGGGGGAAAAAGGUAAAGGAUGAGGAUCAGCAGAGACGCUCAGGGAGUGACAAACCCCCCGAUCUUAGUUCACAUCGUUUCCAUCCCGAUCCGGCCGAAAACGAACGUCGGAUGAAGCUGUCGCACGUUUGUGGUCUUACAGAGAGUGAGCUGAAAAUGACGGUUGAGGAGUUCCACCGUGCGGUUCUAGAGGAUCAAGUACGACAACUUGAGCUGAUAGGCGAAGCAUGGAUCCAACGGUUUCAAGAAGAAAGUGAUCGAGUACGCAGUGCGCUCUUGGAUGAUGGCAUGUUGUAGUGGAUCUUUUUUAUAUAUUUUAUCACUGUUGUAUUGUAUUUGUUACUUUUCUGUAUAUUUAUGCUAUAAUAUCAAUUUAAUAGAAUUC